CUGGCCCUGAUUGGGACCUCGUACGUAGCCGGUUCUCUCCCCGCUAGCGGCCUGCCCCCGCUGCUUGGCGGGCUAGGACAGGGGAAAUGUUGCAGGAGGAGUCGGAUCUCGCUCUCAUUAUUGCCCAGAUAGUCCAAAAGCUCAAGGGCUCCAAUUUGUACGCUCAGUUGGAACGGCAGGCCUGGGCCAGUCUUCAGAGACCUGAGAUUAAACUUGAAUCACUAAAAGAAGAUAUUAAGGAAUUCUUUAAAAUAUCAGGUUGGGAGAAGAAACUUCAGAAUGCUGUGUACAGUGAACUGAGUGUGUUUCCUUUACCCAGUCAUCCUGCUGCACCUCCUGAACAUCUUAAAGAACCUUUGGUAUACAUGAGGAAAGCACAGGGAAGUUGGGAAAAAAGAAUUUUGAAGAGUUUAAAUAGUAUGUGCACUGAAUUGAGUAUCCCAUUGGCACGAAAGAGGCCAGUUGGAGAACAGAAAGAACUUCUCAAUAAAUGGAAUGAAAUGGGAACUGAUGAGCCAGAUUUAAGCCUUUUCAGGCCUGUUUAUGCACCUAAGGAUUUUCUCGAGGUUUUAAUUAAUCUUCGCAACCCAAAUUAUGAAAAUGGUGAUUCUCAUAGUUUCAGGACUCAUUUGGGUUUAAUCCAAGUUCCUCUCAAAGUAAAAGACAUCCCUGAAUUGAAAGAAUUCUUUGUGGAACUUGGCUUAACUGCAGGGCAACUUGGUAUAGAUGACUCUACACAAGUGCCUCCUGAACUUUUUGAAAAUGAGCAUGUACGUAUUGGGCAAAAAGUUCUAUCAGAACAAGAUAGUGCUGCUGCUCAACAGUAUAUCAGACAAGGAAGUCCCACAGCACUGAGAGCUGAAUUAUGGGCUCUCAUUUUGAAUAUUUCCAGCCAACCUGAGGAUAUCUUGUAUUAUGAGCAGCUUAAGACUAAUGUGAUACAACAUGACCUUUUGGUGGACAGUUUAAUUUAUAAAGAUGUGAAAUUGACAGCAAGCAAUGAUGAUUAUUAUUUUGUAUUUGAAGAUUACUUAUAUCAGGUAUUACUUUGUUUCUCCCGAGAUACAUCUGUGUUGGGUCACUUUGCAUACAACAGUGCUUCACCACCGAAAUCAUACAUAAGAGGAAAACUAGGACUAGAAGAAUAUGCCGUCUUUUAUCCACCAAAUGGUGUAAUCCCUUUUCAUGGAUUUUCAAUGUAUGUUGCACCACUUUGUUUUCUGUACCAUGAACCUUCCAAAUUGUAUCAGAUAUUCCGUGAGAUGUAUGUGCGUUUUUUCUUCAGACUUCAUUCCAUCUCUUCUCAUCCUUCUGGUAUCGUGUCACUCUGUCUGCUGUUUGAAACUCUUCUUCAAACUUAUCUCCCCCAACUCUUUUAUCAUCUACGAGAAAUUGGGGCUCAACCACUUCGCAUAUCAUUUAAAUGGAUGGUUCGAGCUUUCUCUGGAUACUUAGCUACAGAUCAACUCUUGCUUUUGUGGGAUAGAAUCCUAGGGUACAACUCUCUGGAAAUUCUUGCUGUCCUGGCAGCUGCUGUGUUUGCUUUCCGAGCAGUGAACCUGAUGGAGGUGACAUCACUGGCUGCAGCUGAAGCAGUUCUUGCUGACCUUUCUACUUUAAAAGUUAUGCCUCUUCUUCAAAUUUUUCUGUUUGCUACUGUCACCUGAUCUUCUUCAAGGUCACUGACAACACAUCUAGUUUUUCAUUAGAAAGUAAUCAUGAACUAUGCAAACUCUGCAUAAAACCAAAAUUAAACUUUGCAUAUAAGCCAAUAAAGAUCAUGUUCCUCCUCAGUUAAA